AUGGAACCGGAAGCGAUCUCUCCUGGAACCGCCAGUGGGGAAACAAGCGAGUGUGAAUCUGCUGAAGAAAAAGUGGCAGGGACGGACAAUUGCAGCGCCUCUGAAGACCAUGAUAAAAACACAGACCACGUAGGAUGCGGGACUCCAGAUUCCAAAGAAAAGAAUGCGGCGUCUUAUGUGAAACUGCAGUCUCUGCAAACCUUGGACCAACUACUUAUGGGCAGGAAAUACACAACGUUCCAGAUGUCACCACUGUCCGUACCUGCUUCUUUGGGUUGUUCUGAUAGUUCGGCCAAUCAGGGAGACUUUGGACGCUCUUCCGACGGCUCAGCCGCAGACAUGGACUGCCUUGUCUGCUUCAACCGCUACAGUUGCAGCCGGCCCCCCAAGGUUCUCGCCUGCCACCAUGUCUUCUGCGCGGUCUGCCUGAAGCUGAUGCUGCGGAAUGAAGAUAAUGCCUGGAGAAUUAUUUGUCCCGUCUGCCGGAAAGUCACCACCGUCUUCGGAGGGCUUAUUUGCGGCCUCCCCAAUAAAGUGGGCAUUGGGCACUUGGCCGAUCCUGGCCCAAAUGCAGAGAUGCAUUUCUCUCCGGACGCUCUUAGUGGAACGCUGGUGAUUCACAGCACUUUCUCUAUCAGCCAAGGUGAAGAACACAGUAACAGGGUGGCUGCCAAGAGGCUGCUCUUUCUCAUCUUGCUGUUGAUGAGCGUCAUGCUUUUCGUGCUCCCCUUCCUGUACGGUGGCCUGUUGACGUGGACCCUUUGCUUUGCUGUCAUUCUGGGACUGAUCGUGGCCGGGGUGCUUUGUUGCAAUCCUAACUGGAGCUGCAGCCGUUCAAACAUUUUACCCCCUUGCGGGCGAACGAGCAUGAGCCACAUCACAUCUGCUGCCUGAAACGGUCCUCGGGAAGGGACGCCCUGGACCUUAGAAAAGUUCCGCCAGCAACUUCCAUCUGGCAAAGAUUUCAAACAGGUUGUGCCAUUGAACUGCCUCUGAUUCC